CAACCACCGACUCCAAACCGCCCAGCCACCAACUCCAAAUUAAACCACUAUAGUUCCUUGCUCAGCCCAAAUAAUCGCACACACAACGUAGCCCACAAUACCAUACAACCACCAUCACCACCAUUCACCUUAAACCUUCAGCUGCAGCUCAAUUAGUCAAAGCCAAGGUUCGUUUUGAUGUCAAUAAAGUAAAUGGAAUUUGAUCCUAAUUCUUUAGUACAACUUUUUAAAAUUUUAAUCAAGUAAACUAGUUGAUUAUCCAUUAAUGGACUUUUAAUGAAUUAAACAUGCUUACAAUCGACUUUAAUUAGAAGAAACAUCAUUGUAAUUUGUAAUCCUUUCUUGUUGAGUAAAUAUUUAGUUGUUUUGUUUGAACAAAUUUUUACAAGCUGAAGGAAAGGAGUCCCAGCUAAAAACAGUUUCAAUGCUUCAUGUCAUGCAUAAUAAGACCAAUUUGGUAUACUGAGUAAAAAUAUUGGUAACAGUGUCCAAGAUUUUGCAUAUGUUACGCCAUCAACAAAACUGUUCAAUUUUAAGACUGGUAGAUCAACCUAUAAAAUACGGAGUAUAAGAAACCAAGAAGAAAAUAUAUGUGAGAAUCAAGGUCGGCUCAGGGGUUGAAGGCUCUCCUUCUACUCCUAUGAGAGGGGCAUAGAAAAAUUAAAAAGAGGAAAAAAAAAAUGUAUGUAAUGUAGGGCAAAGGAAGUUCUGCCACUUUUUUCUCACGCAUUUAUUUUAAAUAUGUAUUUUCUAAUAUCAGGAAGAAAGAAAAAAAAUUGCUAAAUAUAGACAUCAGAUGAGAUCCAACCUUUUCAUUUUCCAACUAAUUUGCUUAUGAAAAUCUCAAACAACUGUAUUCAUUCUAUUAUCUAACCAACACCUUGAAAAGCCGUUAAAAACAGGUAAGAGUAAAAUAAUUACCUUGAGAAAAUUUAGGCCUUUGAUUUUCCAAUUCUGCAAAUUUGCAAAAAAUCAGGGCAGUGGUUUUUCCAGAAUCCAUUUUUGUAUGGGUUUGCAAAGUUGGGACAAACUUGGGGAAGGGGCGGAACGAGGGAAGAGAGGAGGAAGAAACCAGUAGAACAACAAAAUUACUGGAAUAAAACUUCUCUCUUCCCUGAGAAAACCGGAAAUUUAACCUUUCGAUCCUUCAUUUCCCUUCCCUUCCCUUCCCCCUCUAAGGAUCUGUGGGGGUUCACCGCCACCUCCCGUUGCCUAUCACCAACAUUGCGGUUGAUGACUCGGAGAAUAAUUUCCAUUACCAUACAUUGUUUGACAUUGUCUAGCAAUGAGUUGUUUUUCAUGUUGCGGAACACUAGCCAAAAAUAAUGAUGAGAAAGAGGUACCUGCAGAAGAGCAGCAAAAUGAAACGGAGGAAACCGGUGGUGAACCUGUUGUUAAGCCAUCAAUCGCAAGUAAAAGAGCAUCAAUAAUGGCAUCAAUAAGGGCCUCUUUAAAGGCUAGCGUCAAGGACAUCCUAUUAGUCAAAUCCAAAUUGUCAUUCGCAAACAUAUCUUUCAAAACAGACAGCAGCAGGCACAGAUACAUUCAAGAAGAGAUAGCUAAAUACGGAAAGGGGAACAUCACCGCCAAGAUAUUCACCUAUAGGGAACUAUGUGAUGCAACUAACAACUUUAGAUCUGAGAAUUUACUCGGCGAGGGUGGCUUUGGUACGGUUCACAAGGGAUACGUAGACAGCUUAAAGCAGGUUGUCGCAGUAAAACAGCUAGAUAGAAAUGGAUUCCAAGGGAACAAAGAGUUCCUUGUAGAAGUUUUGAUGUUGAACCUUCUUCACAAUCCUUACCUUGUGAAUUUGGUAGGAUAUUGUGCUGAAGGCCCUCAAAGACUUUUAGCGUACGAGUUUAUGGAAAACGGAUCCCUUGAGGAUCACCUUCUUGAACUAAAACCAAACAGGAAGCCGUUAACUUGGAAGACCAGAAUGAAGAUUGCAGCAGGCGCAGCAAAAGGUCUCGAGUACCUUCAUGAUAUUGCCAACCCGCCAGUAAUUUACAGGGACUUCAAAGCAUCAAACAUACUACUAGACAAAAAUUUUAACCCAAAGCUCUCAGAUUUCGGCCUGGCAAAGUUAGGCCCCACAGGAAACGAGACCCACGUGAGUACAAGGGUUAUGGGAACAUAUGGCUACUGCGCCCCAGAAUAUGCAUCAACAGGCCAACUGACAACAAAGUCUGAUGUCUAUAGUUUCGGGGUUGUGUUCCUUGAGAUCAUCUCCGGGAGGAGAGUCAUCGAUACUAACAGAUCAAGUGAAGAGCAGAAUCUAGUGCUUUGGGCACAGCCUUUGUUCAAAGACAAGAGUAAGUUUCACUUAAUGGCCGACCCUUUACUAGAGGGUGACUAUCCAAUGAAGAAUCUCUACCAAGCACUAGGAAUUGCAGCUAUGUGUUUACAAGAAGAAGCUAGCACACGCCCUUACAUCAGUGACGUGGUUAUUGCACUUGAAUAUCUAUCUACAGAAAAAUCUGUGAACUUGGAGGAUUAUGAAGAAGAAGGAGAUGACGAUGAUGAAGCAAAAGAUGGGGGAGAGAGUGACCAGCUAGGCAACGGCACAGCAAAAGAAGGAAAAAAAAGCUGACACAAUGACAUCUUCAGGUGCUAGAUUUUUUAGGUUAUGCUACAAUGCCUACAAAUCUACAAUUGUACAGAAAUUUCCUGAAUGUCUUCUAUCGAUGUACCCACUUUCCAUUUUAAGGCAUCUUAUUUGAUGUUGCCAACUUAUACUUUAGGGUCGUUUGGUUCAUUAGGGAAGUGUAAAUUCCCAUGAAAUUUCAAUUUGUGGGAAAUAAAUUCCAUCAUCAAAAUCAUGGGAAUUCAACAAAUUUGUUUGGUUAAAAAUGGAGGCAGUAAAUUUCCAUGGGAAUUUCAACUUACCAAGGGGGGUAAGGUAAGUGAAUUCCCAUGUUUUGUGGGAAGUCAAAAUUCCCAUGAAUUUUGAUUGCCCCCAUUUUAACUUUUUUGUGUCAACCAAACAAGAGGGUGAAAAUGAAAUUCAUGUGAAUUUUGACUUCCCACAAAAUUUUUAGCAAACCAAACAAGGCCUUUAUUCUAUUCUUGGCAAUCAAAAUUUACCAUCUUUUUUACAAUAAUUACACCUUUUUCACCUUCUCUUACUUAAUUCACUUUUUUGUAAUACCUACCCACUUUUUUUGCACUCUCUACUUUAUGAGUUUAUGUACAUUUUUCUUACAUUCACUCACCUUUCCUAGAAAUAAUAAUCUACAGUAACUGGGUACAUUAAAAGAAACUGGAGGGAGUUAUAUUAGCACCUG